CAUUGCCACUGUCAAUCUAGUUUGUUAAUGUCAAAUGCAAGAUUGUUGUGAACGUGAGAAAAGAAAAUAAAAUAAAUAAAAUUUGCUAUUUUCUAUCAAAAAUUAAAGUGUUUUGACAAGUUCGUGAUAACCAAACGUCUACAAAAAUGAAUAGAAUAUUCGGUAGAGGUAAACCGAAAGAGCCAGGCCCAAGUAUUACGGACUGUAUCAGUAAUGUUGAUUCCAGAGCAGAUAACAUUGAACAAAAGGUACAGAAACUGGAGACUGAGCUCCGGAAGUACAAGGACCAAAUGAACAAGAUGAGGGAGGGGCCGGCUAAGAAUGCAGUCAAACAAAAAGCUAUGAGGGUCCUCAAGCAAAAGAAAAUGUAUGAACAGCAGUUAGAAAACCUCCGAGCGCAGUCAUUCAACAUGGAACAAGCGAACUAUGCAACACAGACACUCAAAGACACCCACACUACUAUAGCAGCUAUGAAGGAUGGCGUCACACAGAUGAAAAAGGAAUUUAAGAAAAUCAAUAUUGAUUCGAUUGAGGAUGUUAAUGAUGAUCUGGCGGACAUGUUGGAACAAGCAGAUGAGGUUCAGGAAGCACUUGGCAGACAGUAUGGUAUGCCAGAGAUUGAUGACGAUGAGCUGGCUGCAGAAUUGGAUGCUUUGGGCGACGAGAUAGCCCAAGACGACGACACGUCGUACCUUGAUGACGUGGUAAAGGCCCCCGCGGCGCCCGACCGCGAGCCGGGCGCCGACAGCGUGCGCAGCCGCGACGGAGUCCCCGUCGACGAGUUCGGCCUCCCGCUGGUGCCUAGCACGGCGCAGACGUCGCGCUGAUGAGGUGAUCCGCAAGUUUAACGUUCUUAAUUCAAAAGUUUUCUUUAAUAUAAAAAAAAAAUAUUGUCGUGGCGUAGACGUCGCAUUGAUAAGGUGAAUGCGAUUGGCUUGAAAUUGAAUGUACUAGAUUUUUUUUCUUAUUUAAACAAAAAGAAAAGAGAAAAAGUUGACCAGAAAUAUAGUAGGUCUAGGUAGGCCAUAUUGCGGCUUAAAAAGUAAAUUAAAAUAUUGAGCUGAAAAUAAUUAUACGAGCAAAUUAAGCAUAAUCCAACAUUAUUAAGUUUUCAUAGUCAGUCUUGUUACUGACUUCUUUUAUGUUGUGCAUACAUAUCUUCAAAUAAGUCUGAUUUUAAUUGACAAUAAUGCGCUAUUGUCAAAUGACUUAUUACUUAAAUGAGUCUACUAAUAAUAUGACAACUAUUUAUAAAUAUGAAACGCAGAACUAGCAUCAUUGGCUCUUCUCAGUUUCUGGUCAAGUAAACUUCCCUAUUAAGUUAAUUUUUCAACUCUAUCGCCAGGACAAUAAGGUUAACAUUAUUUGAAAUCGCCGCCACUGCCUUAGAAGGUUAAAAAGAAAAAAAAAAAACACUCCUCGGAUAUUAUGUAAAUUAAAAUUUAUUAAAUUUGCAAGUAAGACUGCACAGUUUUUGAUCACCUAUAUUUUAUUUAAUAACCAUUUUUGUAUAAGGCCUCUUAUUUUUAAGCUAAGAUAAAUUUGCUGUUGUGAUAAAAGUGAAUGAUUUUAUAUCUUAGGAGUAUUGUAGAAAAACUAACAAAACAUAUGUUUAAUAAAAAAAAAUAUAUUACAAUGCACCUUACGGUUUAUGUAAAUAAUAUAAUUUGUUAUAUGUUUAUUUUCUGCCGUAAAAGACACCAUGAAAAGUAAUUCUAAACAAACAUUUCUAAUAAGGUCAUGGAAUUGUUUAUAUUAGGAUUCCUUUACAUUUUACUACUCGUAAUAUCAAAACGAUGACGUCUGAUUCCACUCUUUAUUACCCUUGCACAAACCAAUGCUAUUGUGCAAUUAACACUAAGAAAUUAUUCACACAAUUUUUAUUAUUUGUAGUCUAUGGAUCUGCUGGUUAAUAUUAUCAUUGAGAGAAAUGCGUGAAACCUACCUACUAUAAGUAAAAGGGUACAUUACUGAACUUUCCAUAUAAGGUCAUGCAGGCUUUUUUGGCAAUCAUUUAAACUAGGUGACUUGCCGAUUAUUUUUAUAAUAUAAAUAUGUUGCUGUAUCCCGUUUUAUAAAUAUAAUAUAAUUUUUAUGUUAAUAAACUUAAGUUGUACAUUA